AUUGAUAAAUAAUAAUAUAAUAUAUAUAAUUAAAAAUUAAAAGAAAAUGGAGCAACAAAAUGAUUGCACAAUUCAGAGAGGACAACCGUUACGUCGUUAUCCAAAUGACUACAAAACAGAUGGACUCCCCACCUUAAAUAAAACAGUGACGAAUCAGCCGCAGUAUUCGAAUACAGGAAGACCUACGAUACGCAUAGCUGUUUAUCUAAUGACAGGGGUAUUUUUAACGAUGGAGGUUGAACAAAACGUGACUGCACAACAGAUUUUCACGAUAGUGCAGUCAGAACCGGAACUAGGUCUAUCGAGAUUUUCUUUGGUAACCACUACGCCAGUGUUUGCAUUGUGGAUGUGUUGUUCGCAGCUGGAGAUUCAGCUACGUCCAACACACAGGCCUGUGGAAUUGGCCGCGAAGUGGAACUAUCUUGUAAACAAAUACAGUUCUAAUACGGAAAACUCUGAUGAUGAGGAACCUUUGCUAUACUUUCGUAGAAAUGUAUUUCUCUCUAGGGUAGAGGAGGAACAGAUUAAAGAUACCAAAGUGCUUGAAUUACUCUAUGCAGAAGCCAGGCAUAAUGUCCUGCAAGGACGCUACGCGUGUGAUGGUCCUGCACGUUAUGCCAGUUUAGGAGCGUUACAGGCCCGAAUUGAACUUGGGCCUUAUAAUGCACAAACCCACACAUUGGCAUUUUUCCAUAGACAUCGCGGCCGAUUUUUACCACAUCAUUAUGCCUCUCCCAGUCUUUUAUUAGGAUUGGGACUUGGAUUGGGAUUGAUAGGUGGCAAAGGAGCACCUGAAGCACAUCUUCUGGAGCAAUACAAGCGAAUACCCAGUCACAACGGUAGUGCUAACGCCAAUCCCAAAAAAUUGAUCAGAAAGUAUCUUGAGUUCUGUUGGAACUUGCCGUGCUAUGGAGCAGCCUUUUUUCAAGGGCAAAUCGAGCGACCUGUCAGAGGACUCGCAUCAUGGAUUACUAAUCGCGAUAUGCAGAUCCUCAUUGCAAUCAAUAUAUCAGGAGUGUACAUUGUUGAUGACAUGCAGUGCAGCUUGCUAUUAGGGCUAAAAUAUUCGGAAUUAAGCUGGGAAAUGGCGAAACCCUCGGAUGAAAAUAAUCCAGAUUGCCUGCCUUGCUUAUUUCUGCAAUUUCCAGUACGAGAAAACGGAGCGCGUGUCUUUAAGAUUCUACAAGUAUUCUCGAGACAAGCACCAAUGAUGGAUACUUUAAUAUCCGGCUUCGCCGAGGAUUUUCGUCGUCAAUUUAUUAACAGCGAUAACAACAACGACCAACUAGAUCAUCCGCUAGUUUCCCCUAGUGGAAGUUUUACAAAUAAACUUAGUAAAUUCACGCUGGCCACUUUUGAUGAUGAAGGUCGAUGCAUUGGUCAAAUGGGUUCGUGGUCCUUUCGGUAAAUACAGUGUGAUUAUACAUUUUAUGAUGCCAAUAUAUUCCUUGAUGAUACAAAAUGAAUACGAUUUUUGUAAUAAAUAAGAAAACGUUCUUACACAAUCUAAUAUACUUACGUAAUAUACA